AUUGUGUAUUGAAAGUUGUUUUUUUUCCCCCCUGGUGUGUGUGUGUGUUGGAUUAAGGAGAUUAAGUCGUUGUUUUCUAUGCUGGAGUUUCCCUGAGAGAAUAUAUAUUUAGAGAGGUGGUAAGCCGUGCGCUGAAAUUUUAUACAUUUAAGGAAGAGAACCCGGGGACAAGGAUGAGCACCUGUCUUUUCUUAUACAAGUGCUGAAGAUUUAUUUCCAUUGGGUUUCACCUGAGGACAUGAGUGGAUUGUACUUCAUUCUAUUAGAUUAGAACUCGGCUGCAGUAUGUGCGGCUCACAGUUUGCCUGGAUCUUGCACAGCCUGACCCAAUAACCAGGACUUGGCAUGACAGCUGUGGGGCAAAGUAUUGUGCAAGAUAUGGCUGUCAUUAUUAAACUGCUGAUGCUGACCAGUUUGUGGCCAGGAGCUGUGCUCAGUGGGUUCCAUUCUCUAAGGCAAAAGCCUUAUUCUCCCCAGCACCUUCAUCAUCCUCACCAAGUCGUCCGGCAGGAAGAUGAAGAGCACAACCACCCGGCGCCCAUGAGAGACAACCGAAAAAAUGCCAGCAAAAUGAGAAGAAUAGACAGCACCAAAGUUCGUCAGGUGAAAUCAGAGCAACUUCUACGCAUCGAUGACCAUGAUUUUGCGAUGAGACCGGGAUUUGGAGGUUCGGCCAUUCCUGUGGGUAUUGAUGUGCAGAUAGAAAGUAUAGACAGCAUUUCCGAGGUGGAUAUGGAUUUCACCAUGACGUUGUACCUCAGGCAUUACUGGAAAGACGAGCGCCUCUCCUUCCAAAGUACCAAUAACAGAAGCAUGACAUUUGAUGGGCGGCUGAUUAAAAAGAUUUGGGUUCCAGACGUGUUUUUUGUUCAUUCCAAGCGUUCCUUUAUCCAUGAUACAACUAUGGAGAACAUCAUGUUGCGGGUUUAUCCUGAUGGCAACGUCUUGUUCAGUCUAAGGAUAACCGUGUCAGCCAUGUGCUUUAUGGAUUUCAGCAGGUUUCCUCUGGACACGCAGAAUUGUUCCCUUGAACUGGAAAGCUACGCUUACAAUGAAGAGGAUCUCAUGCUGUACUGGAAGCGAGGGAACGAGUCGCUGAAAACCGAUGAACACAUCACACUCUCGCAGUUCUUCAUUGAAGAGUUCAGUGCAUCCAACGGACUGGCUUUUUACAGCAGCACAGGUUGGUACAACAGACUAUUCAUCAAUUUCAUCCUCAGACGACAUAUUUUCUUCUUUUUGCUUCAGUCUUACUUUCCCGCCAUGCUCAUGGUCAUGCUGUCCUGGGUUUCUUUUUGGAUUGACCGAAGAGCAGUACCAGCGAGGUUAUCACUAGGUAUUACCACUGUGCUGACCAUGUCCACCAUCAUCACAGGAGUGAGUGCCUCAAUGCCUCAGGUGUCUUACGUCAAAGCCGUGGACGUGUACUUGUGGAUCAGUUUCCUUUUUGUUUUCCUCUCGGUCAUCGAAUACGCCGCUGUGAAUUAUCUAACCACCGUCGAAGAAAGGAAGCAGCUCAAACGCAGAGGGAAGUCUUCAGCAACACUGAACCUCGAAGCGGUACAAGCCAUGGCGUUCGAUGGCUGUUACCAUGACAUUGACGCAGAUUUGAAUUUCUCUGUGCACUCGGAAGAGAGUUCCUCACGGGGACGUGCCGCCAGCGUGGCCACCUUAGACGCCAUGCGUAUCAGGAGGAAGAAGUCCAUCAGAGGAAACGUCAGCAGAAUAAUCCUGGAGAACAAUCACGUCAUUGACACCUAUUCCAGGAUCAUAUUCCCCACGGUGUAUAUAGUGUUUAACUUUUUCUACUGGGGCAUGUACUUAUAAAAAUAAUAGACUGUUGUAUAGCAAAAUGUAUAUAUGAUCUUAUUUGUUUUCCUUCAGACUGUAACCAGAAAUAAACAUUCAUGCAGAAGAGUAAA